UUAAAGGUAAAAUAACGUUGUACCCAGGUACCAACCGUUCACAUAAGUACCUAUACAUGUAUCGAAAUAAAAGUUGAUUUUCUAAAACCAACUCUUGUAUUUGUGUGCAGCAACAGUGCGACCAAGUAAGUAUAUGCUGCAUUAGCUCCGUUAUUGUAGGAAUUAGGAAAACUAAAAAAAAUUAGGGACUGAUGAGUUAAUUGUUAUUAUUAUUAUUAUUGAAUUAUUCCUAGAUAUUUAAUGUGCAUCGUAGGUUUUAUACGAGUCCAACUUGUUUUAUUAUUGGAUUUUCCUUUCACCAUUCACCCAUAUACAUAAAGGGUUGUUAGGGUUUAUACCGAGUAAUUCAAGAAAAAUCAUAAGAAAUCAGGGGUUCAUUUGACACUAUAGGAAGCGACUUGCAAAUGUAAUCUUCCAAAUUAUCUAGUAUGUUUUCUAGUUUUAAUAACAAUAAAAUAUAUAGGGCGAGAAAAACAUCUACUUACACUUUUCUUAAAAGAUAGAUAAAAAAGGGGAGAAUUAGUAAAAAAAACUUCAAUGCGAUGAAACCUACAGUAUUAGCAUUCAAUAAAAAAGAAAAUACAAUGAAAAUGAAUUUGGGAUGAAGGUCACAAGAUAGAAGUUAACGAAUUCAAAUAUCCUUUAUGUAUAUUUAAAAGAAAAAGUGGAGAAGAGUCGCAUACCAAAGAUGUAUGUAAAAGAGCGAUAGCAACCAUGACACAACUAUGAAAUAUAGAAAUCAAGCAGAAAUGGCGCAUACGUGUAGGGGAAGUAUAUCAUUACAUGGGGCUCUUAUUCAUACAGUAGACGCGUGUACUUUUGUCAUUUCUAAUGGAGGCACUCAAACUUUUCAUAUUAAGGCCUCAAGUGAGGUGGAAAGACAAUCCUGGGUUACUGCACUUGAAUUGGCUAAAGCAAAAGCAAUAAGGAACAUGGAAUCCGAAGAAGAAGAAGAGCAAGCAGAUGAAAAUGCUGGUUCGCCUGAAGAAUGGUCCGGUGUUGUUAGGGACUUGCAAAAUAGGUUAGGGGACUUACAAACUUGCGCUGAUUUGAUUGGUAAACAUGCAGCAGCAUUGCAGCGUUCGUUAACUGAAUUAGAAACCACAUCUGAGCCUGAUAAUAUAAUGAGUAUGGCUAAAAUUGUUAAUGAACGGUCUACGUUAUUUAAAAUAGCUAGUAAUGCCAUGAUGAAGGCGUGCUCGGAGUAUUUGCAAACAGCUCAAACUCAGGGGCACAAAUGGACGAGAUUGUUGCAACAUGAAAGAGAACAAAGGCAGAGAUUACAAGAGAUGGUAGAAACAUUAGCACAACAGCACUCUAAGCUUGAAGCGGCAGCCAAUGCCCACGCUCAUCGACCUAAUUUGGAUUAUUUCGGGUUCAUUUGGGAUGCCUCAUUCAAUCGGAUUCUCCAGAUUUUGUGGCAAGGCAUCUUCAUUUUCAGACAUUUCAAUAUUCUGUGUCGAAAGUUUCAUGUACAAUGGAAUUUUUGCAGACUAUCAUGCUGGCAUCCAUAAAGUUCGUCUUCAUACUCACUCAUUAAUGAUGUCUAACGGCUAUCUUAGGUGUCGGUAGUUAAAUUUCUUUAGGUAAAACUGACCUUAAAAUAAUUCUACCGUCAAAGUCUGUUUACAAAAUAGUAGUGGGGCUGCGGUCGUCUAGGUGAUCAACGACCACACUUUCAAACGAACUUUUCUAAUUUCAUACAAAAUAGUAUGUACCGAUUAUCAAAAUAUCCUAGGACACCCAGUACAUUACCAACCGACGCCAGGCUACACUUGCUUACGACGUAUUACUCUUUAUUUAAAUGAAUUUCAGUACAAAAAUCACU